AUGACUACUGAACAAAAGCCAGAGCAACUGUUUCCGGCUAUCGGCCAGGUGGUAGACAAGGAGGAAGAAGAAGAGCGACCGCCAGUAGACGAAAUUGAUUCACUGUGUAUGAAAUGCCAUGAACAGGGCAAAACUAGAUUGCUUUUGACCUCGAUUCCUUACUUUAAAGAAGUCGUUGUCAUGUCGUUUCGAUGCGAACACUGUGGAUGGUCAAACAACGAAAUCCAGUCCGCUGGAACGAUACGAGAGGUUGGAACCCUCUAUACGGGGAAGAUGCUCGACCGUUCAGAUUUGGACCGUCAAAUCGUUCGUUCCUCAUCCUGCGAGGUCAACAUCCCAGAGCUCGACCUCACCCUCCCUCCUACUGAGCGAGGUCAGCUCACCACUGUCGAAGGCCUCCUGCGUGACAUUGUCAACGAUUUGAGCUUCGACCAGCCCCUGCGCCGGAUACAGACGCCCGAAGCCUACGAGAAGAUUGAAGAAUUGAUCAAGAAGAUCAAGGCUAUCCUGGGCGACCACGAAGACGAAGGCGAGAAAGAGGAUGGUCAACCCACCAAGGCGUCAGAGAAGGACCUUCCUAUGCCACCUUUCACACUGAAGCUCGACGAUCCGGCUGGAAACAGCUUCCUCGAAUUCAUGGGCAGCAUGGCCGACCCCAAAUGGCAUCUCCGAACGUAUCCGCGGACAUUCCAGCAAAACGUCCAGCUUGGCCUGGUCGACAAAGACGAAGGAGAUGAGGCGGAGAACCAGCCACCCCCGGAGGAAAUCACCAAGGACGAGAUCUUGGUAUUCCCUGGUAAAUGCUCCAGCUGUGGGCAUGGUUUGGAGACGUACAUGAAGAGGGUGGAUAUUCCUUACUUCAAGGAAAUCCUCAUCAUGUCAACGAACUGCGAGCGGUGCGGAUAUCGUGAUAACGAAGUCAAGUCAGGAUCGGCCAUUUCCCCGCAAGGCAAGAAGAUCAUCUUGAAGGUUGAGGAUCAGGAGGAUCUCAGCCGUGAUAUUCUCAAGAGCGAGACAGCCGGUCUUGAGAUUCCCGAAAUCGACCUCGUUCUUACCUCUGGUACUUUGGGAGGAAGGUUCACCACGGUGGAAGGUAUCCUGAACCAGAUCUACGAAGAAUUGUCGGAGAAAGCGCUGGCUGCUGGAGAUUCCUCCACCAAGCAAGACAGAGAAUCCUUCGAGAAACACCUCACAAAGCGCAGUGCUCACGCCUUCCUUCAGGUCCUCAACGUCGAGAAGCCGUUCACCGUCAUCCUCGACGAUCCUUUGGCCAACUCAUACAUUCAAUCCCUUUACGCCCCCGACCCUGAUCCCAAUAUGGAAGCCGAGUUCUACGACAGGACUUGGGAACAGAACGAAGAGCUGGGUUUGAAUGACAUCAAGGUUGAAGGUUAUGAGGGCGAUCCCAAUCUUGUGAAGGACGAGUCGGAGAAGAAGGAUGAACAAAAGAAGGAAGAGGCCCCAGCUACCACUGCAUAG